AUGCUCACACGAUUCCUUGCGGUAGGGCUCCUGAGCCUCGUGAGGCCUGCCCGAGCCAGCUAUGGAUUCUAUGUCGGAAAAGGUCUGACCCAGGAUGGUAGUGUCAUGCUAGGUGGAACUGGAGAGGAAGUGUCUUCGCAUUGGCUUCAGAUUUUCCCAGCCAAAGAUCACGCCCCGAACGCGACGAUUACAGUUGGGGUAACCGAAGAUGCAUCGAUGCCUGGCCAGUUGAUGAACAUCUCCCAAGUACCACAUACCUUCCGUUAUCUCUCUAUGGAAUACUCCGACUUUGAAGGCUUCCCCCCUCCUCUAACGAACGGCGGCGUGAAUGAGAAGGGCGUUGCUGUUCGGGACAUCUGGGCUCAAAACCGCGACGACCUCAUUGCCAUGACGCCGAACCCUCAGACUGGAUUGCAAUACUCCGACCUAGCUCGUAUUGUGAUGGAACGGGCAAGCACCGCUCGCGAAGGUGUCGAACUUAUCGGCCAGAUGAUAGCAGAAUAUGGAUAUGCCGAUUACGGUGGCAAUUCACACCUGAUUGCAGACGCGAAUGAAGGAUGGGUCGUAUGGCAGAUGUCAGGAGGCAAGAAGCUCUGGGCAGCAGAGCGCCUAGGAGAAAACGACGUUCGCGUGCUCUAUCCGGGCUACAUUGAGGAUUUCCCUGUCGAUUUCCAGAACAGUUCAGACUACAUGGGCAGUCCAAACAUUGUGAGCUUCGCUAUCGAACAAGGAUGGUGGAAUCCGAAUGAUACCGAGCCAUUCAACAUUUUCAAUGCAUACGCACCUCAAGAGGAAGGAUACACCGCUCGCGACGGAGGCGCGAAGUAUAUGUCGCAAGCCGCUCUCGAGGACGCUACCCGCGCGAUGGCUCCCGUGACGGAGAAGGAUCUCAUCGAACGCGUUCGCGAUUACCGCAUCUCGGACGACGAAGCCGGGUAUGGCCAAGUUGUCUCUCUCCGCGCAGACAUGGAUCCGGAUCUGAUUCGCAUCUGGGUUGCACCGACUGGCUCUGUGACGGCACCUUUCAAUCCGUGGUGGCUGGGUGUGACGAGCGUUCCACCUGAGUAUGGUCUGCACCGCUAUCUGUACAAGGACGCCGCCUCGACUUUCUUGGAUACCGACUACCAGUACCAGGAGGCCACGCACUUUGCUGGUCGCAUCUUCAAACAGGUGCUAUAUUACACUUGCUCGGAUCCGGAAACAUACCUACCCAUUGUUCAGAAUAUGUUACAUGGAUUUGAAAACGCUUCAUUUGCGGACAUGGAAUGGGUAGAGCGCACUGCCAAGACAUUGGUUGACAAUGGAAUGCGCGACGAUGCACUCGAAUUUCUGACUUUCUAUUCGCAUACUAGGGCGGAGAAGGCAUUGGCUUUGGGGAAGACUAUGGUAGACGCGCUCGAUGCAUAUGUCAAGCUCAUGGGACAGUUCCGCAUGCCGACUGGUGACCGCAUCAACGACCCGGGACUUGGAGCUGAGACUGUGAACUGCCUAGUCGGUUGGGAUCCUGAUCAGCCAGCUGAUAAGCAAAGACCGUUGAGGAGGUUCAGACGUCAGCUUUGA